AAAAAAAAAAAGAGGAAGCCAUGGGAGGCUUGGAGGGAGGGCAGGGAGCCCAAAACAUUGCUGGCAGCGGUGACAAAGAGGUGAGGUUCGUUUGGGUGACAGGCUGGAGGUGGUAGAGGCCAUCGGAAAAGGCUGGUGUCGGUACUGGAUGCCUUGGGACUGCCGCGUGGGGUCACAGGCGCUGUGGUGUAGUCUUGCCAGAGGAGCGAGUCGCCUGGGCUGUGCCGGCUGCUGCCAUUCAGAGAUUCAGCAGAGGACGUGUUUAUGGAAGAAGACAGGCUGAGUUUCAGUGGAGGGGAAAUGGACGUUCGCGCGGGGUUUCGAAUGAAGUCCAGCCAGCCGCUGAAGUGAGAAGCUGCACUUGAAGGAUAUGUUAAAGAGCAGGGUUUGCAGGUUUGGGCGACGCAGCACUUAGGCUGAAGGCAGAGGCUGGACUAGGUGAAAAUAACGGCGGGGUGGGAUUCUGGGAGGCGCCAGCUUGUAAGGAGUUUCAAGGAGGUGUGGCGCCUUUCCCUGUUUGCAGGUUGGACCCUGGUACCCCCUGCUGAUGGUGUAAACAGCCACGAAGCCCUCGUCCUACAGCUGCCCGGAGCUGACUUCCCCGACCUGGGAAGCUUCCCUGGCACCAAGUCCCACUGUGCGCAUGGCCACAGCCUCUCCCAGCGCUGUGCUUGUGUGGUCUCCCCUCCUGGGCGUGGGUAUCCGGUAGCCCUCCAGUCUCUGGUCUCUGCGACAUGACCCGGUACCACAGCCUCACCUUCUCAGCUGAGAGCACCGAGGUGCCCAUCUUACAGCGGUUUGCAAAUUGGUGUAAUCUUUCUGCAAACAACUGCCAGCAGGGGUUUCUUCUGGAUCAGCUGCUUUCCUGCCCUGCAGCACCCUCUAGGGCUCAGCUCCAGGCCGUGCCCUGCCCUCUGACCUCUCUGCAGCUCGACCUGACAGCGGUUAGGACAUGUUUUUGGAGCGGGUGACGAACAGCAGGGAGAUGAUAACAGGCAGCCGUCCUGAGGAACUUGCAGCCUGGAAGGGAGCCCUGUGACACUCUCUCCCCCAGCCUUGUCCAGGCCUGGGGCCAAAGCUGCCCUGGCACUCCCUCACAGCCCGGCACCACCUCUGACCUUGGAACUAGCGUCUGCCGCCUCGCUUCAUUUUCCAGAGUCCAGGACAUUUUGAAGGGGCUCGGAGGGGUCAUCACAGUUCUGCGUCUUACCCUGAAGUCCAGAUCACCAGACCUCUCUUGUUAGCGAGUUUACCUUCUGGUGUCCGAGCCGCUGGAAUUCACUGGGAAGCCAGCCUCCCAAGUCACUAGUAGUCGUCCCUGUUGCUUGCUGUCCUCUCUGCUCCACUUUCAGAGGCUGGGAGCUGCUAUGUGGUCAUCCAGCCCCUGGCGAGAGCAAUGUCCCCGGUAGGCAGAGGUAGAUGUGAAGGUGAUCUUGACAGGAAGGCCGGGAGACUCAUCUGUUGGUAGCUACUUUAAUUAUUUGGCUCUUUCCUUUGAAAGAGGCCACAAAAUACCUACAAGCCAGAACCUGUGCAUGUGCACAUCGGGGAGACCAUGCCGGGCAGCCUACGUCCUUAGAGCCCCGUAGGGCCGGCCUGGUGGGGCAGCAGUGGCUUCUCGCUGCCCUCUAGUUCCUGGGUCAGUGCUGUGAGCGCCAGCCGGGGGUGAGUCAUUACAGGGCCAGCGCUGCCUAAGUCUUGAAAGCACCACUCAACCCGCGGGUGCAGAGUUUAUGCUGGGAUUUGUUUUGCCAGAGAGAAAGGAAGCACCCCUCUGGGGCACAGUGAUGCUACAGUCCUUUUUCUUCCAUUUCUCCUUCCCAGGCACGCAUGCACGCUGUGUGUUUUUCAAACUCCAAGGACUGGGGUUCCAGCUGGGUGUGCAGGACCCAGCUCUCAGCGCACAGCAAAUAACUGCUAUGUCAGGGGCUGGCCCAGGUGUAUUGAGUAUCCUGCUGCCACCCUCAUUCUCUUUGGAGGGAAAGUGUCUGAAAGUUAGCUUUGCACCAAGCACUGUUUCUAACCAUAUGUUAACUUACUGAAUCUUUCCAGCAACCCCCAGAGUUACCUGAUUAUCACCAUUCAUAGGAGAGGAAACAGAAAUUAAAAUGACUUGCCCCCUGCCACACAGGCUGCAAGAGUCCAGGCUUGUUGGCCCUUCUAGCAUUUUAUUACAAAUGGUACAUUUCUGUUACUGUGGCAACUUUGUUCUAAAACGCCAAGGACUUGUCUUCCCACUUACAACCAGGCACUUUGGCCCUGCCAGUAUUUUACUACAAAUGAUAACGUUUUUGUUACUGUGGCAACUUUGUUCUAAAACGCUAAGGAGCUGUCUUCCCACUUAAAACCAGGCACUUUGACCUUGCCAGCAUUUUCUCAGAAGUGAUACAUCAUUGUUACUGUGACAGCUUUGUUCUGAAAUGCUAAGGACCCGGCUUCUUACGAAACCGCUGAACUGUUGCAGGGACUCCGCUGAACUGUUGCAGGGACUCCUGUGCUGAUCCUCGGACACCCUGUUGCUCAAGUCAUUUUUCCUGCUGCGGGGCACUGUCCUUGCCAGUCCGGUCCCCACUCUCCUCGCCUGUUUUGCCAUGUGAAUCCAGUUCUCUGGAUCCGUCCUGUGCCCACCUGCUGCCCCUACACCCACUGUGUCACUAUUUCCUUCACGUCUAGCUCCUCUUUCCUUCCAGAGUCAAUGCCUGUGUGGAUGUGGUGCUCUCAGGGGUGAAGCUUUUGCAAGCGCUGGGCCUGAGUCCUGGGGACGGGAGAGACCACGCCAUUCUGCAUUCACAGAAUGAUCUGGAAGAAGCCUUCCUCCACUUCAUGGGGAGAGGAGCAGCUGCUGAGCGCUUCUUCAGUGACAAGGAGGCCUUCCAUGCCAUCGCCCAGGUGGCAUCGGAGCUCCCUGGCGCCCAGCACUAUGUAGGAGGGAAUGCAGCUUUGAUUGGACAGAAAUUUGCAGCCAACUCAGAUUUAAAGGUUCUUCUCUGCGGCCCAGUGGGUCCAAAACUGCAUGAGCUUCUAGAUGACAACGUGUUUGUCCCUCCCGAGUCGCUGCAGGAGGGGGACGAGUUCCACCUCAUCCUGGAGUACCAGGCAGGGGAACAGUGGGGCCAGCUCAGAGCUCCCCAUGCCAACCGGUUCAUCUUCUCCCACGACCUGUCCAACGGGGCCAUGAGCACGCUGGAGGUAUUCAUGUCCAGCCUGGAGGAGUUCCAGCCAGACCUGGUGGUCCUCUCGGGGCUGCACAUGAUGGAGGGCCAGAGCGAGGCGCUGCAGAGAAAGAGGCUCUCUGAGGUGGUGGCCUCCCUCUCUGACAUACCCACUGAUGUCCCUGUCCACCUCGAGCUGGCCAGCAUGACCAACAGGGAGCUCAUGAGCAGCCUCGUCCAUCAGCAGGUCUUCCCUGCGGUGGCGUCCCUGGGUCUGAAUGAGCAGGAGCUGCUGUUCCUCAGCCAGUCGGCCUCCGGGCCCCACUCCACCCUCACGUCCUGGAGCGGGGUCCCCGACGUGGGCAUGGUGAGUGACAUCCUCUUCUGGAUAUUGAAGGAACAUGGGAGGAACCACACCAGGGCCUCGGCCCUCACAAGGAUCCACUUCCACACGCUGGCCUACCACAUCCUGGCUACCGUGGACGGACACUGGGCCAACCAGCUCGCAGCUGUGGCUGAAGCCAUAGACGCCGGCCGGGUGUCCCUGCGGGCACCCCGUGAAUUCCUGACUUCCCGUUUGGAGGCCGCCUCCAGGAUCGUGUUAAACCCAAACGAGCCGGUGGUACAGUGGCAGAGGGAGGGCGUGUCUUUCCACUUCACGCCGGUGCUGGUGUGUAGAGACCCCCUUCGAACCGUGGGCCUUGGAGACGCCAUCUCAGCCGAAGGGCUCUUGUACUCAGAAGCACGUCCUCACUCCUAGGAAGGCCAUCAGGCCUCAGGGGCAGGGGCUCCAGCCAGCCGGAGACGCAGAGGGGAUACUGCUUUGGGAAGCAGGACUGAGGGUGCCAGGCCGCCCCUAGGGCUAGUGGAAGACCGCCCUAGAAACCGCACAGAGCAGCUUACCAGCACUGUCCAGCCUGCGGCCCGACCGACGGCACUGCGGGUCCCCGAUGGACGCAGCAGCAUCAGGUAUUCAGAGCCCAUCUCCUCCCCUCGAGAGCACGUCAGCUGGGAAAGUGCACCCCCACUCCAUCCCACAGUGCACGCCUGCCCGCGCCAGGUUCCCGCGCCCUGCAGCUCCCGGGCGAACUGUCUCCACUCGGUGUUCGAGGACGCAUUCUGUGCGCACUCCUCGGUCUCCCACGCAAACGCAGGACAGACCCCGCCCCAGGGUCCAUGAUCUCAGCAGAGUCUGUGGGGCGCCAUUAGGCCCCUGGAGGCCCUGGGCACCCACCUGCCUGGCUCCCCAGGCUGCGCUGGC